AUACAAAGAACUGAACUGAAGUUACAAAUCAAACCUCUCAAAACAAAAGUACUUUUAAUUUGUGCAAUAUUACGUGGAAUAUUGAUAGUAUUCAGCAAGUUUAACGUCUAAAAGUUUUCAAAAAAUGGAAGAUGAUAAAAAGUUCCCUCCCCUACAGAACGAUCUUAUCCUACGAGCAGCGUGGGGUCAAAAAACAGAACGGGUACCUGUCUGGAUUAUGCGGCAGGCUGGUAGAUAUCUACCUGAAUUUCAAGAAGUUCGUAAGAAACACCCUUUUUUCGAAAUAUGCCAGACUCCUUCUUUAGCUUGUGAAAUUACUCUACAGCCUAUAAAACGUUUUCCACUCGAUGCUGCCAUUAUAUUUUCUGACAUACUUGUAAUUCCACAAGCAUUAGGGAUGAAUGUUGAGAUGGUACCAGGAAUCGGGCCCGUCAUUUCAGACCCCUUGCAUGACCCCCUAGAUUUACAUGCCCUAUGCUUUCCCUGUGAGGUCGAAAAAGAACUUGGCUACGUUUUCGAAGCCAUAACACUUACCCGCAAAGAAUUGAAUGGUAAAGUUCCCUUAAUAGGUUUCUCCGGUGCUCCUUGGACACUUUUCUGCUAUAUGGUCGAAGGCCAAGGUUCGAAAACUAUGUCCAAAGCUAAAGGAUGGCUAUACAAGUGGCCCAAAGGUAGCCAUUCAAUUCUUGAAAUGCUCACAGAUGUCAUUGUUAAUUACUUAAUAGGCCAAGUGAAAGCUGGAGCUCAACUUUUGCAAGUGUUUGAAUCAAGUGCAGAGCAUCUUGGUCCAGAGCAGUUUAAAACUUUUGCAUUGCCUUACAUAAAAGAUAUAAAGAAGAGAGUGACAGAAGGUAUCAUUCAACAAGGCCUUAAUAAAGUUCCUAUGACAUUGUUUGCUAAAGGCACUUGUAGUGUUUUACCUUUUUUAAAUGAUACUGGGUAUGAAGUGAUCAGUUUAGAUUGGACUAUUUCUCCAGAUGUUGCUAGAAGCAAAAUUUCUGAAAAUAUCACUCUUCAGGGUAACUUAGAUCCAUGUGCCUUGAAGGCGGAACCUUCUUCUAUUGAAGAUAUGGUUUCUAAAAUGAUUAAAGGCUUUGGCACUCAGCGUUAUAUUGCAAAUUUGGGCCAUGGUAUCUAUCCUGAAAUGGAUCCUGAUAAUGUUGCUGUUUUUAUUGACAGUGUGCAUAAUAUUUCAGCUGCAAUUAAUAGUUCAAAAGAAUGAUGGGUAGUUAUAAUAAAUUUUAUGGAUCAAAUGUUAAACAUAAAUGAGCUUUUAAUGUUGGAAUCCGUUGAAUUUGUAAUUCUUUAUUUCAUAUUUUGUAUUAAUUAUAAAUUUAUAUAUUGUUGGCUACUGUCUAGUGUGUAAUUCAGUAUAAUUUGUUACGUAAUGUUUUUUUUAAUAAAAUUUAUUUUAAAUAUA